GGUGACGUCAGACUUGCUGUGUGUGUCUGUGCUCCUGUCUUGGCCUCAGAGUGAGGACCACUUUCCUGGUCCGGUUCGGUUCUGGGCCAAGCUGUGAAUCAGGUUUGGUUUAUUGGGAGUUCUGCGGUGGUUCCGGGUUGGUUCCGGUGAUUAUCGGGGUUCGAUGACAGAGAAACGGGAGUUGUUGGUGACUGAGGAUGAUUCAGCAGCUCUCUCUCCGAGCGGCUCCACCUCUUCUCUCCACCGCAGCAGCAGCGGCAGCGGCUCUCUUCAGUCCAACCUCUGUUCUCACCUGGGCGCGUGAGCAGCAGAACUGAACCCUGCAGGUGAAAAAAGACCACAGGAAACCAGGCCGAGGGCGCGCGCUGCUACGACAUUGGUCGCUUUUCGGUGUCAGACUGUUUCUUGUUGGAUCGAACAGAACCGGCGGACUGAUUCUAAAUAACCAGAAGCGUCAUUUCCGGGAUUGUGUCGUGGAUCUGAUGCUCGGCGUGUCUGCAGUGCAGCUUUACUGGAUAAUUGUCUCCAUGGUGAAGUGGGCGGAGUCUGAUGUCUGCUUCUCCUCUUGUUGACCCUUCCAUCAUGCCCACCAUGGUGUCCCGCCUCCCCCAGUUAAGCUCCCGGUCACAGACAGCUCCAGCAGCUGGCAGAACUCGUCUUACCAACGGGUUCUACCACCACCCCGGACCUGCAGGAGGCGCCAUGCCCUCAUCGUCUGCAAAGCAGAACGGAUUCAUCCGGGUUCCCGGUUCAUUUCUGACAAAGUGGAGGAAGGAACACGCAGCUGAUUGUGAUGAGGCUGAGAGCAAGAAAGGAAAAGGUGGCAGCGCCUUUCAGCUGUGUGUGCAGCAGGGGGCGCUACUGUCACAGCAGGAUGUCAACAAGCAAAUCAGCCCCUCUGCAGCUAAAGGCCGAAGGCAGCUUACAUCAUCAUCCUCAUCACCGUCUCCACAGUCCAGCCCCACAGCUCUUCCUGUUCCUAAAAACAGAUCUCAAGGUUCCAAACCAAACCCGACCUCAUCAGUUCUGUCCAACAUGUCGAAGCAAAGCCUAAAGAAAAGUCCAGGAUCAAAAUCAGAGACCAAGAUCAGCGGUUCUCUGAGGCAGGCUCCGACCUUCCCUCGGCCUCCUACAGGUUCUGGAUCUCAGUCUAGUUCCCCCCUCCUGAAGAAAGCGGCUGCCAGCCGCUCCCAGUCUAGCGAUAACAUUGGCGGUCCUGCUGCCAUGCGGCUGACUGAUCGCGAUCGGCUUCGCUCCCAGAGCCUCAACCAGGUCCGCCAGCAGGCGUCUCCAACCUUCACCAGCAAAGCUGCCCAACAUGGAUCCCCCGCCUCUUCCUCCUCCUCUUAUGCUCUUCAUAGAGGAAAGGCAUUAAAAUCACCUGUGAGCAGAGCUGCUCCAGGGAGACUGGGGGUGGCCCCCACCUCCCAGCUGCCACAGUCCGCCCUAAAGGCGCCCCUCUUUCCGAAUCCAACGGCCAGACCCAUCGGCAUCAGCUAUAAGCUGUCCCGCCCGUCACUUAUCAAGAAGACCUGCCCUCUUCGAGCGACAGGAGCCAUCGUGCACAGUGGUGAAAAGGAUGUUCACUCAGUCGAGUCGCCGUCAUCGACUGAACACAAACCCGAAAACAGUCCAGAGGCCCCAGAAUUGGAGCAGCUUUCAAAUGAGAUCCUUCCACAGGAAGUUGGAUCAGUUGUCGGCGAGAUGCUGGAGGACAUGUCUCUGUCCUCCACUUCCUCCCUGGACAGGAAUGACAUUAAUCAGGAGUACAUGGACGACUUUGACAACCUUGGAAACGGAGGAGCUGGCGUUUUACAGUUCUCAUCCAAAAAUGAAGAGGAUGACUCAGGACUCGACCAAUCAUGCACCAGGCUGGACGAAGACCAGAGUGCAAUGAGCAGCGUCACCAAGACAACAGGACUGUACUUCCUGGAUGAUAGUCCUGACUGGACCUCCAUCAGAGGUGAUAAAGGAGAGGAGAGACUUGAGCGACUUGCCCGCCAGCGGAAGCCAAGUCAGUCUGACUAUCAUGAACAGGGCAGCUCCUCUCUCGAUCUGUCCCCCUCUGACAGCUGUGGCUCUGGGGGGACCUACAUGUGGGACGAGGAAGGACUGGAGCCUUUAGGGGGCAGCGCUACUACAGCCUCCCUCCACACUAACACCACUCAGCACGUCGGGAGCUUUGACUCAGACAUCGACAGCGUGGACCUUUUGAACAACCUAGACUCCUGUGAUCUGGCUGAUGAUGACCUGAUGCUGGAUGCAGACUUCCCAGAGGACUCCUCUCUGCACAGCGAUGGAGACGGACUGUCCAGCAUGGCUCAGUGGAGACGGAGGCAGCUGUGUUGGGGAGCUCCGGACUAUGAGAGCGAGAGUGAUGUUCAGAGCUACAAACACUGUCAGUAUCCUGAUACCAAGGAGGAAAAAAUCAGGUCAGCCUGCUGCUCUCCUGCUGCUCACACUCUGGGUCUGGAUGUGGAGACACUCGCCGAGGAUUGUUCUGCAGUCCGGUCACAGCUGGAGUUCCUGCAGAGCUUCCUGCUGCAGGACAACCACUUGGAUGACGACACGCUGACCACAGACACUCUGAGUCCAGACACAACUGACUCGUCCCCUGUUUCAAACUUGCAGGAGCUUCUGCUGGAGGUACAGCUGCUCCGGGAGGAGCUGAGGAGCCGAGACCGAACCAUUGCACAGCUAACUAUGCAGUUGACUGUUCCCACCCUGACCACUAGGUGUCAGUGUCAGGAGACACCUGAGAGGAUGGAGCAGCAAACGCAGACCGGUGUGUGUGAAAGCGAGUGUGUGGCUUCGCAGACGCCAUGGAGAGAAUACAUUUCACAAGUACUUCACUCCUCUAAGCAGGAAGAGCCGGAACCACUAAGGAACCCUGUAGCUCCUUCCAGCGACCCCGCCCCCCCUGAAACGCUUGCCGAUGGGCUCCCUCCGUCCCAGAGGUCCAUAAACGCCCCCGUCUUCACCCCAAGAGCAGCAGAUGGUGGAAACCGGCAGAGGAGAGAGAUGAAAACCCUGCAGCCCUCCAAGCUCCGCCUCUUCCUGUCUCACAGCUCCACGCGGUCAGAAGAAGGCGGGUCUUCAGGGCAUAAGCUUAAAAUCUUCAGUUCUGGAUCAUCUCGUCUCCCCAAACCAAAGAGCCACUGAGGCUCCGCCCACUGAGCCCCUCCCCCCCCGUAAGUCUGAGCUGCUCACUGAUGGGAAGAUGUUGAACUUUGAACUGCUGCUCCCACUUCCUGGUCCCUCUGAUCCGUGAGCCUUUGCCUGCCGUCCAUCUUCUUCUCUGCAGACCUGAGGAAGUCCGAUCUGCUCUUCAUGGAGAUGCUCCCUCAGGGUUGAGAGGGGUCAAAGGUUAACCUUUAUCACUGAAACCUUUUUCUUGUAUGACCAUACAGAAAAAUCUUAGAAAUCCUUUGGAAGAAGAACUUCCCACUUCAUUUUAUCAGCUGUAGACCUAAAUUGGAGAAACUUCCAGGAGUUUCUAACAUCUAUCAGCGAUGACCUGCAGCUCCACAUUCAAUAUGCAACAAAGAUGGAGAACAGAAAAGUUGGAUGAUGGAAAAAAAGUUCAGCUUCAGGGUUAGGGUCAGCUUCAGGGUGAGGGUCAGCUUCAGGGUCAGGGUCAGCUUCAAGGUUAGGGUCAGUUUCAGGGUCAGCUUCAAGGUUAGGGUCAGCUUCAGGGUUAGGGUCAGCUUCAGGGUUAGGGUCAGCUUCAGGGUCAGCUUUAGGGUUAGAGUCAGCUUCAGGGUUAGGGUCAGCUUCAGGGUCAGCUUCAGGGCUAGGGUCAGCUUCAGGGUCAGCUUCAGGGUGAGGGUCAGCUUCAGGGUCAGCUUUAGAACGGAAACCAAUGUUCUGGGUUUUGGACUGUUGCUGGAAUAAAUGAAGCAGAAAGACGUCAGAGACCAAAAAGUUUAAUUUAAAUUUAAGGAGAAAAACUGCAGCUUCAUCCAAACAUUUUAUUUGGCUGCUCAGACAUUAACAGACGAUUCUGCUUUUAAGAUUGAAACAUUUUUUUCUCGUUUAUUAUGAAAAUUAAUAAAGAGGAAACUUUUUUUCUUUAUAAUCUAUCAGCCAUGUUUCUAUCUAGAACUCUGACAGUCUGCAUUUCAUCCGGUUCAGAAAGAGGAAAACUUUAUUGGUUCAGGGGGACACAUGAAGCCCCAGGAGCAGAACAGCAGUUCAGGUUUAGCAGAAAAAGCUUGUUGCCAUGGCAGCCAUGACAGCCAAUCAUUUGUCCCGCUGGUUUCAUGGUCGCUUCCAUCUCCAGCGCCGCCCUCUGACCUUGGUGACCCAGAGAGCAGAGCAUGAAGCAUGGUGGAUAGAACAUGGAGGUCCUUGGAUCUCAGGGAGACGUCGUGAUGAUGAUGAUGAUGAUGAUGAGGAAGAACUGUUGGUCUCAUGGCGCCCGAGCCAAACACAGUGGAGCCGCUCAGCAGCGACUCCUGCUGGUGGUUUUUAAACCCUUCCAGUUUCUGUUGGUUUGGUAAAGAAAAAACUGAUCUGAUAAAAACAUUUGAGUUUCUGUCUGAAAGGUCGAUUCGAUUUCCAGAAUAAUCCAAAGAAUAUCUAGAAACUACAUCUAUGUUUGUGAUGAAGUCCAGAAUAAUCCGAGUUUUGCUGAUGUGAUUGAGAAAAGUCGGUCCUGUUUAGUCGAUGACUGCCUGAUUUAUUCCACUUCCUUUCUGUGAAUUCUGAAAGUCAAACAGUCCAGAACCCAGACGGCCAAUCAGGCGUCAGUGUGCUGAUCAUCACACAGACAGCCAAUCAGGCGUCAGUGUGAUGAUCAUCACACAGACAGCCAAUCAGGCGUCAGUGUGAUGAUCAUCACACAGACAGCCAAUCAGGCGUCAGUGUGCUGAUCAUCAGGGGUGGAGAUGCUCCACGGCUUCCUGUCGCAUGUUUCUCGCCUUGACCUGCUGCAGGAUUCACUCUAAUCUGCAGAGUUUCCUGCUCAGACAGCAGGUCGACACGGAUCUGCACAUUUCACUGGAAUUUAUUAGCAUUAAUGUGUGUUCAUGAUAAUCACUGUUUGUUCAAACACUGUAGGAAGGAUUUUAUUUGUCUUACUUGAAGGAAAAGCAUCCAUCCAUUUUCUGUCACUUUAUUUAAUUUGUUUUUGUGCAAUAUCUGCUGCAGUAUUUUGCUGUUCAGCUACAGUAAGUAUAAUAUUUAUGUGAAAGUCUGUAAACCGUCUGCUUUACUGUUUAUUCCACUUUGUGUCCGAAUGAUCUUAGAAAGAAUCAGCAGAAGAAAGCACUUUAUGACAGGAAGCAAAAUGGACCAACUGCUAAUAGAUUCUGCAUUUCUGUCAUAUUCAGAUUUCAUCCUUACAAAUCUUUUCUUCUUUAGGGGAAAUGAAAGCUGCAAAAUAACUGAAUUGAUUUGUUGGAAACUUAUUUUAACAUCAUUUAGUUCAGGUGAACAGUAGUGAAUUUAAAGCAGGAAUAAACUCCUUUUUUCGCACCGUUUGAUUUUCAUUUGACUUUUAAUUGGAUCUGAAUUAAAAAGUUUGAUUAAUGAGUGUAAAAAUAUCCAAACAUCUGGGUUCUCGUUGAAAACAGUUCCUGGUACCGUGGACCGUGUUAGCUAGCAAACAUUUCCUGUUAGCUUGAGCUAACAGCUGCUUCAUCCGGCUUGAAUUUGUUUGGAUUUCUUGUUCCUUCCUGUUUUAAACUAUUUGGAUGCUGCUGAAAUAAAGAUCCUUAGAACU